UCUUGCAACCAAACACAACUCUCUCUCUCUCUCUCUCUCUCAUUCCUCACUCAAACAGAAAGAACAUAAUAUUGUUAUGGCUUGCAAACUGCAAGGGACACUCAUCAGCUGCCAUUCCAGAACUACCAAGUUCGUAGAUCAGAAAGACCGCGCUGCCUCUGUGGUGCCUCAAGCUCUGCUCACUCACCAAACUAAGCUCCCUCACUUCAACAUUACCUACGUCCCCUCUCCAACACCCUCGAUGGACAAAAUUCCUUUCCAAACUUCCCAGACCAAUGAACUUCCCAUCUCUACCUCGGGAAAGUUCGGUAGGUUUGGAGGCAAAUUUGUUCCUGAAACAAUUGUAGCCUCUUUGACCAACCUCGAAGCUGAGUUCAAAAAAUCCAUGGCCGACGAUGCCUUUCAGGCAGAGCUAGCGGAGGCGUUAAGAGACUAUGCUGGGAGAGAAACACCUCUGUAUCACGCGAAGCGAUUGUCUGAGUAUUAUAAGAGCAUGAACAACGGGAAAGGUCCUGAUAUAUACUUAAAGAGAGAAGAUCUCAACCACGGUGGCUCUCACAAGAUGAACAACGCUCUUGCUCAAGCCAUGAUUGCUAAACGGAUGGGUUGCAAAAGCGUCGUCACCGCCACUGGCUCUGGACAACACGGCCUUGCAACGGCUGCAGCAUGCGCAAAACUCGCUUUGGAGUGCACGGUUUUCAUGGCCGCCAAAGACAUCGAAAGACAGUAUUCGAACGUGCGGUUGAUGAAGCUGCUGGGAGCUCAGGUUGAAGCAGUGGAUGGAGGGUUCAGAGAUGCAGCAUCGGAUGCGUUUAGGUGUUGGGUGGGGGAUUUGGAGAAUAAAUACCACCUGACGGGUUCGGCGGUGGGACCACACCCAUGCCCGAGCAUGGUUCGGGAGUUUCAGUCGGUGAUAGGGAAAGAAACGAGGAUGCAAGCGUUGGAAAAGUGGGGAGGGAAGCCAGAUGUUCUGGUGGCUUGCGUGGGAACAGGAUCAAACGCUUUGGGUCUGUUUCAUGAGUUUGUAGGAGAUGAAGAUGUAAGGUUGAUUGGAGUUGAAGGUGGAGGUUUGGGACUGGAUAGUGGCAAACAUUCUUCAACGUUGACCAAAGGAGAAGUUGGCGUCUACCAUGGGACCAUCAGCUAUUUACUACAGGACGAACACGGCCAGAUUAUCCAUCCACAUUCCAUUGCUGCAGGGAUGGAAUAUCCAGGAGUUGGUCCAGAGUUAAGCUUUUUGAAAGAAAGUGGGAGAGCUGAAUUCUUUGCUGCAACUGACGAAGAAGCUCUUGACGCUUACGAAAAUUUAUGCAAAUUAGAGGGAAUAUUUCCAUCCCUGGAGGCGGCACAUGCAUUGGGUAUCUUAGAUAAAUUGGCUCCCACACUCUGCGAUGGUACUAAAGUGGUUGUGAAUUGUAGUGGUCGUGGUGAUAAAGAUGCUGCUAUAGUCUUCAAUCGCCGACUCUUGGACAAACAAUCAUAGAAUCAGUAGUAGUCACCUCAGUUACCUAACUCUUGUUUCUACUUAAGCUCAAUACCACCUUAACUAAUGCUAUACCAAAAAUAUACAUAUACGCAUACAUUGGUAUAGCCUAGGAAAUGGUCGUAAAUAAUUAUUUUCAGACCAUUCAUAUCAUCGUAUGUUUAUUUAUUUAUUAUAGUAAAAGGGUCUAAACGAAAAAGAGAUCAGAUCUUUGCUGAGAUCUAUUGUAAAUCAAUUCAGAAAGUCGUAAAUCCAUUUCUUCCUUAGAAAAUGAAUAAUGGCAAUAAUUGUAUUCUAGGACCCCACAUGAUUCUAGAUUUGUUAAAUAAAUUAAUAGAAUUUGGUUGUAUA